GAAAGAACACCCGAGAUCCGCUGUUUAUAUUAUUCUGAGCUUGAAAUUCUCGAGAUAACUUCCAUUUAAACGCAUACGACAAAAUGUCUUCAGACUUCGAAGCCUACGAGCAGGACUUUGGAACCGUUACGGCGGAAAUAACCAACAAAAUCGGCAGAAUUCCCAAGCUGGGUGGAGAGGAGAAGACGCAGCUGGUUCUAAAUGUCGACAAACAGCUUGAAGAAGUCAGAGAGUUGUUGGAGCAGAUGGACCUGGAGGUGCGGGAGAUCCCCGUCCAGAGCCGAGCCAUGUACAACAGCCGCCUGAAGAGCUACAAGCAGGAGGUGGACAAGCUGGAGAAGGACUUUAAAAGGUCACGUAUCGCCUACAGUGACGAGGUGCGCAACGAGCUCCUGGGGGAUGACGCCAGCUCCUCGGAGAGCCAGUUGAUAAAGUUACGCGAAGAGAGAGCGCAUCUGUUGGACAACACAGAGAGGCUGGAAAGGUCAUCGCGGAGACUAGAGGCCGGCUACCAGAUAGCGGUGGAAACUGAACAAGUGGGCCAAGAGAUUCUCUCUAACCUUCACACCGACCGUGAGAAGAUCCAAAGGGCCAGAGAGAGGCUGCGAGAAACGGACGCCAACCUGGGCAAGAGCUCUCGCAUCCUCACCGGCAUGCUGAGAAGGAUCAUCCAGAAUCGCGUGCUGGUCUUCGUCCUGGGAGCCUUCAUCCUCCUCACCAUCAUCCUGGCCAUCUAUUUCAAUCUGCGGGGCCACUGAUCCCCAAAACACACACACGUACAUCCAUCUUGUCACCAACACAAACACACACACGCGUGAUUAAUAGCGACAAAAGCGUUGUUGGGCUGUAAUUAGGACAAAUGGUCACCAUGAAUCAAGCUUUUCCAACAGCUGACAAGGAUUUUUUUUCCCCUCCUCCUCUUCUUCUUCUUCUUGCUUUUUGUCCUCUUUCCUCCUCUGUCAUGCUCCGGCGUCCAUCUCCAGGGAUAGAAAAAGAUUCGUAGUGUUGAUCUCAGCUCGUUCUUUUCGGACCCGUCCACAAACGGGCGGGGGGGGGGGGGGGGGGGGGGGGGGGGGGAACAAACCCGGAUCUUCAGAAAGUGGCUUCGGAUAUUCGGAUAGUCCUCUCGCCCAUUUCAAAGCGCCGCGGGAGAUAAAUGACGGGCAAAUCUUUAUUCGUGAUUGUUAUGAUUGGUCAGAGAUUGAAUGAAAAUCAUGACAACCCAAAUGUUGUUUGCUUUCCUUUGACGGUACAUCAGUACAACGCCGACACGUUCCCUCACACUCAACUCAACUUCAUACUGUGUGUACUAACAUUGAAAUGGAUUUCAUGUAUAGCCUGUAAGUGAUUCUGCUAUUUAUUUAUAAAGGUGUCUUCCCGUGCUCAAACUGUAUUUUCUAUGGAGUCCAAAAUGCAUUGACAACAUUCACAAAAGGACCAAUUGAUUUUUUAAUUUUUUUGGGGUAUCACACUAUUUGAUAGAGGUUUUAAAUGGCUUAAAAAUUGGUUCUCAAAACAGUUCCUUACAAGGUUCACUAUUUGGCAAGCUAACUUUGUGGUUAUAUAACUAACUAGCUGUUAACUCAGUUGUGCCCCCCCCCGGAAGAUUUCAAAAUGGGACGCGCACGUCUGCGAUGACAGGAUGCACCGAAGCGUCUCAAGGACCCGUGCCCGAAAUUGAACAGGAAGUUCGUGCAAAGCGGCCAGUUUGGGAAAAUCCUACGGGAGGAUUCGUCCGAUCGGAAGCGGGUUUCCUGCACAGAUGGGCGACGUGCUUGAAAAGAUGAAAUCGUCAAAAUAGGUGUGUAAUAUAUCUUCAAUGUAAGUGCAUAUUUUGGUAGGAUUUCAGAACCGAGACGGAACAAGCACGUUGAGAAUCAUCAUUUCAUCCAAACUUGCACGCAAGGAGACGGUUCAAAUACAACCUGACAGCUGGCCAAUGAGUUUCGAGCAAUUUCUCCCGAGGUGAGGUCGUAUAUGCGCACAUGAGCAGGCAGUUAUCGCCUGCCUUGUGCAGGUGGCGCCCCCUUCCCGACCGCAGACAUCGGGCGUUGUCUCGCAGCAAAGUGAUAAUACAAUAUCAGAGGGGGAGAACGGAACAAGGUCGACUUUCUCAUUGUCCCGUUAAAAACGAAAGAUGAGAUGAACAUUUCAUUAGCAAAAUCCAUUUUGUAAGCCGCGCAGAAGGACCCCGGUGCCUGUUGUUUACAACGGUUAGAAACGAUCGAGAGCUUCUCGUCCCGUGCUGGGGGGCCGCACGGGCGACGCGUGGCGAUCGUUCCUGCCGUCUCGUCGGCAGCGCAUUUACGAUUCGAGGGCGGCAUUCGUUUUGUGUUUUUUGCGACGUGUGGGGGCGGUAUCCGCCGCCAUCCGCUUCAAAGUCUCACAUUAACAAUCGACAAAACAGCGCCGUGCCGGGGGCGGGCCGUCCCGUGCUGGGGGCCGGCCCGCCGAGUCUCGUCGUGAAACGGGAAUGGCACGGAGCGGGACGGCGAGGGCGGGUUAAUGACCGGCGAUGUGUGCGUGUGUUCAUCCUACCUACACGCUCUUGUGUUUCCUCUGUCUCCCUCCUCUCCUGCCACCUUCCUACCCCACUCACCCCUCACCCCCCACCCCCCCCCACCCCUUCCCCCAGCCUGUCAGACGAGCGAGUGGAAGGCAGCGUGGCGGGCGGGCGGCGGCGGCUUCUAUUUGAAGUUGUAAUGGUGUCAAAAAGUCAGGGCUGACUGACAGACGUCAGUCCCACAGGGCCUCAUUAAAAACAGCGCCACUUGACAAGGAAAUAAUUGAGCGCCGGCGACAACCUGAGGGAGGGGGCGUGGUGUGCGCCGGGAAAGGGGGCUGCGCGUCGAAUACCCCCCUCUUCUUUUUAGAUGUUUUUAUUUUCUUGUCAUUACUGUCACCGGGCGAUUAUGUUCAUUAAGGAGCUGCUUUAAAAAAACAGCGCGCAGACAUGUUUUGAGGGUUGCGACCCCCAUCCAUCCCGUCCAUGAGCACACUGCCAAAAGUAGGUUGGGUCUUCCUCCAGCAGGCAGGUGGGCAAGAGAUGGGUGUUGAUAGCGAUGAUGUCAUGCCACCCACGUCCCCGCUUCAAUUUUCAAAUGAUCAUUUACGCCCCACCCCCUUUUGCGACUGUCUCAGUAACUCAAUGGACGCCUAUCUCCCCCCCAAGAAAGUACAAACAAUACUCCCAUACUGUCUUUCAUCCUUCCAUACCAACAAACAAAGUGAUGUCAUGCCACCCGCGUCCUCAGUGUGGCGCUCCUUUGAGAGCUCAAAUGUCACUCCUUGAGUUUAGGUGCCCACUUGUUCGGGACCCUCCUGCCACCGCAAAGGGCACCUGUCCCUAGAUCUGAACCCCCUGACGACCCUUGGCAUCAGCAAAGCGAUGACGUCGCGCCGGCCCCGUCCUCUGCGAGAGUCGUCUCGACCACAUGAAAGUAAAAAAAAAAAAAAAAAAAAGGGAGCGACCUCCCCUCGCCUGAUGUUUGUCAGCCAUUUAGCAUGACAAGGCAUAGUGACGGGAGGAGCACCACCACACUGGGGGAGGGGGGGGG